GUUUCUACUAGCAGGCAAAUAACAAAAGAAGAAAGUCCAAAAGAAAAUGAUGCUAGAGUACUUGAGAUCUACUGAUGAAGCAGGGAACAAGAAUAUAGAGUUCCCAUUUGUUGGCUUCAACGACAUUGUUGCAGCAACAGACAAUUUCUCUGACACCAACAUGCUUGGCAAGGGAGGUUUUGGUAAAGUUUACAAGGGAAUGCUGGAUGGUACCACGGAAGUAGCUAUUAAGAGACUAAGCAAGGGUUCUGGACAAAGCACGGAGGAAUUCAGAAAUGAAGUAGUUUUGAUUGCAAAACUGCAGCACAAGAACCUAGUUAAGCUUCUAGGUUGCUGUAUUCAUGAAGAUGAGAAGAUGCUGGUUUACGAGUACUUGCCCAACAAAAGCUUGGAUUACUUCCUCUUUGACUCUGCAAGGAAAUCAAUGGUUCAGUGGCCGACAAGGUUCAAAAUAAUCCAGGGAGUGGCAAGAGGAAUUAUGUACCUCCAUCAUGACUCAAGAUUAACUAUAAUUCAUAGAGAUCUGAAAGCAAGCAACAUCUUGUUAGAUAAGGAGAUGAGCCCAAAGAUAACAGAUUUUGGCAUGGCUAGGAUAUUCUGUCGUGACCAGCUCCAAGCAAAUACUAACGGAGUUGUAGGAACAUAUGGUUACAUGUCUCCUGAAUAUGCAAUGGAAGGAGCCUUUUCAGUCAAGUCUGACACCUACAGCUUUGGUGUUCUAAUGUUGGAGAUUGUAAGUGGUCUAAAGAUCAGCUCACCAUAUCUUAUCAAGGAUUUUCCUAACCUCAUAGCAUAUGCAUGGAACUACUGGAAAGAUGGGAAAAUAGAAGAUUUGUUGGACUCAUCAAUGGUGGAGGAUUGCUCCCUCGACGAAGUUUCACGAUGCAUCCAUGUAGCACUCUUGUGUGUUCAAGACAGCCCAAACUGCAGGCCGAUCAUGUCAGCGGUUGUGUUCAUGCUGGAGAACAAAACAACCCCACUUCCUAAACCGAAGCAACCUGUAUAUUUUGUUAGGGACUACGAACCUAGAAGGGCUAGUGAUAACAUGGAACCAUCUAUGAAUGAUGUCAGUCUCACUACGCUACAGGGCCGUUAG